AUGAGUGAAGAUGAGGAAUGGUUGAAUGUAGGCAAGUCAUUUGUCAAAAUUUAAUCAGAAUAAUAAAAUAACAUAAUUGAAAAUAAAAUAAAUGAAAAUUUAAAAGAGAAAAAGAAAAAGGAUAAAAAAAAAGAAAAAUUAUCUUAAGCAUAAUAACAAAUUGCAAUAAAGUUUACAGAAGAAGAAAUUGAAGCAUAUUAUGAUUAAAAAUUGGAAAAUUGUAAUAACGUAUUUUCAUAUUGAUUUUUUCUAUAGAAUAUAAAAUAGACACUUCAAAAUCAUUUAUUUAUAAGCAUGAAAUGGGAGUAGGUUUAUUAUCAGUCUAAGUACUUCCAAUAGGCGAUAAUUAAAUUUUAGCAUAUGGUUUUCUUGAGUAGGAUAUUCCUCAUUAUGUCAGAACAAAUUAGUACUCCUUUUUAAUAUUUUUAGAUAAAGAAUUUUAGGAAUGAAAAAUCAAAAAAAAGUAAAUUAAAUUUUUGAUAGUGUGAUAAGAUUAAGAGAUAAAUCAACAUUUGAAUAUACUAGAUAUACUGAAGCAGCAUAGAUUUAACCAGAGAAAUCAUACAUGAUCUAAAAUUAAUCUAAACUUUGUAAUGAGGAUUUUGUUCCUUUUAACAAUUAAUUGGUUGAAGUUGAUCCUAUUUCGAAAGAUUAGAAACUUUAGGAAAGAAAUUUAGAAUUAUAAAACCAACUUCAAACAAAUGUGAAUGAUUUAGAAAUAUGGAAAGAAUUUUUGUUAAUUUAAGAAAAAAUUGCAGAAUUAUAAGGUUAUAAUGAACCUUUAUUAUUGGCUAAUAGAAGAUUAUCCAUUUUACAAAAAUUAGAACAAGUAUCAGAAGUACUUUCUGAUCAUCCAUGGGUAUUAGCUUAUAAGAUUUCUUUAAUGCAAAAUUUAGAAUUAAGAAAUGAUGAAUUACAUAAAGAAAUAGAUAAUUCUUGGUCUGAGUUAUUUUCAAAAUAUGUACAUAUACAACCAAUAUGGAUUCUUUUUCUUGAUCAUAAACUUAAAACAGAAAUAUUUAGUGCUACUAUGCUGAGAAUUGAAGCUAGUAAACAUAUAGCUAAUUUAUAAAAAUUAAUUAAUGAAACAACAAGGGCAUAACUUGUUUAAUUAUUCAAAAGAAUUUAUAUUGAAUUAAUUUAAUAAAUAUCAUUUUAUGAAAGUGAAAUGGGUUUUAAAGAAAGAUCUGUAGGGAUUCUUUAAGCACUUUGUGAAAUGAAUUUAUUUGCUCCUAAACAUUUAUAAAGGACAUAUGAUUUAGAAGAAAAAGUUAAAGAGUUUAGAAAUUAUUGGGAUUUGAAUGUAAGAACAGGAGAAUAAAAUGAUUAUGGUUGGAGAGACACACCUGAAUUAAAAGAAGAUUUUAUUGGAUAUUUUGAUUCGAGUCUAUAAAUAUAAGAGCAAGAAGAUUAAAUCUAAUAAUUCCUUUCAUUUUAAUAAUUGAAAAGAUGGAGACCAGCAAAUUAACGAUUUGAUAUAGAAUGGAUUAAAUAAAAUGUUGAUGCAGUUGUUAUAUAUGAAGAUAUUGAACCCUACCUUUACAUUUUUAAUGAUUAAGAAUCUAAACUUAAUAUUGUAAGUAUUUUAUUAUAAUAAAUUGGAUAUCCACCAAUAGAUUCAUAUAUUUUACCAUAAAUAAAUUAAUUUCAUAGUGCUGAUAUGUGUUAUAAUAAAAUUAGUUUUGAUUAUCUUUAGAAUGAAUUUUUCAUAAAAUAUCAAAGCAUAUUUUAAUGCAAAUUGUAAAAUAAUUUAUCUUAAUUUGUAUAUGUAAAACGAUUAUUAGAAAAAGUUUAUUAAUAGAUUAAUAAUUAGUUUUUAUUGGUUUAUUUAUUUAUGCUUUAUGGUAUUUUAUAUUUAAAUAAUGAUUUAAUUGCACCUAAUUAAGUAUUAUAAUAAGAAUUAAAAUCAGGUUUAAAAUAGAUUAAAAAUAUUUUAAAAGAUUAAUAAAAUAAUUUAGUUCUUUGGAUUCUUUAUCAUGAAAUUGAAUCACUCAAAAAAUAAUAGUAUUAAGUUCAACUCAUUUCUUAAAUUAAGUUAUAUGCUAAAUCUAAGAAAUAAAAAUUAAUGAUACUAUAUUUUGAAUUUAUUCAUUUAAGUUCUUAUGAAAAAUCUGUAAAUAUAAUAAAAGUAAUUUAUUUAUUUAAUUCAUUAUUAGGAGGCCCUUAAGGCUUAUGGAGAAGAUACUAAUAUUAGUGAUAGUACUUUAGUAUUAAAAUUAAGAAAUCUAUAUAGAUAAUCUAGGAAUAAGUGGUAAAAUAUUGAUUAUCUGUUCUAAUAUAAAAAGGAACUUUAGCCAUUUUCAUUGUCUAAAAGAUCUAUAUUAUUAAUUUUUUUCUUGUUUCUCUAAUAAAAUGCCAUUAAUGAAAAUUUAUGUAAUUUGAUGUAAGAAUCAAAUUAAUUAAAAAUUGUUCAUUUUACUGAUUAAUACUAAAGGAGAAAGAUUUUGAUUAAGUAUAAAAAUGAAGUUUCAUUAAUUUUGUUAAAUCUUCUAAGAUUUUCUUAAGAAAAAGAAGAAAUUUGUAAAGUAGCUUUAAAAUUAGAUUAAGAUUAAAUCAUUUUUUUUAUCACUUACAUUCAUUAUUUAACUAAAAAAUUUUUAUAUUUUUAAAGACUUGUUGAAUUAUAAGAUAUAAUUUAAUUAUAAUCACCAUAAAUUUGUUGGAUAGCUUAUGUACUUAAUUAAGAUCCAAAUAAAUCAUGGUUCUUAGUAGAAUAUUUAAAAAAUCAAACAGAAAAAGGAUUAGCAUAAAUAUAUUGUGAAAGUAAUGAUUAAGAAAGUAAAUUUAUAUAUAUAAUAAAUAGAUUUUGAAGGCACAGUUAAUUUAAAAUAUAAUUAUAUUUUAGAAUUGAUGUCUAUGGAUUUAUAAAAAAAAUUGAAUCCAAAUGUGAAAUAAAUGUAUAAGAGUUUAAAAAGAAAUCCAUACUCAAUAGUAUUGAAUAAUAAUUAAAUUAGUGUAUGUACGCAAAAGUUAUUGAAGAACUUAAAGAAAGAAAUGAAUCACUUAAUUUGCUACAAGAUUUACAAGAAAAAGAGUUAAAAUGUUUUUGA